AUGAUGAUCGAUCUUGGGUCGGAUACCGAGGUUAGUUCAGAUACUGAGGUUAAUUCACGUACCGAGGUUAGCCCGGACAUUGAUGAUAAUUCAUGUACUGAAAUUUCAGAGAAGCCAGAGAAGCCAGAGAAGCCAGAGAUGCCAGAGAAGCCAGAGGGACCAGAGAGGCCAGAGGAACCUUUUCCCAGGCAGAACAUGAGGAACUUACUAGCAAAAGCAGCAGAAAAGAGACUAAAAAGAGCUAAGAUGACUACGAGUGAGACAACCGCAAGUGAGACUGAUAUAGAAGUUGUGAGUACAGUUCCUACCUCCAUAUUUCGUUCUCCCAUUCGCCUGAUCGGUAAUCCUGCUUACUGUGAGGAAUUUUGUCGUAACGGUGAUAAGGAUACGGUGUCUCUGUCGGAUCUUAUUGGCUCACCCUUGCUUGAAAAGACUUAUCAAUUCAACUUCCUAAUUGACUGCCAAUUCUUGCUCAAGUUUCUCAAAGCUGAUCCUGUUAAUGUUGAACUCAUUCUCAUUGGAGUCAAUGAUAAUGACCAUCUGCAACUAGACGAAUCUCAGAAAUUCAGUUUCCGCAUCAAGACGAUAGAUGUGAGCAAGAAACUCCCCAAAUUUGGAAGCCAUCAUACUAAGUUGAUGGUGAAUCUGUUCCAAGAUGAUACUUGCCAGAUCGUUGUUCACACCAUGAAUCUCACGGUGGCAGAUUAUGCAAUCCAAACACAAAUGUGUUGGGUUUCUCCCAGAUUGAGCAAGUUGCACAAGGACCAGUGGAGAUUAUAUCAGAGGCCAGAUCUGGAUCCAUUGAAAGAUACUGGAGACAUAUUCAAGAAAGAUUUAAUAAGCUAUCUUGAAAGCUAUGAGGAGUCUCUUCUAUCUGAGCUUAUUGGCGAAUUGGAAUCAUUCGAUUUUACUCCUAUUAGGGUACAGUUCGUUGGAUCGUCACCAGGAAAGUAUACGCUCGAUUCUUCACUACAGAAGUACUCUCCAGAUACAGUUUCUAAGACGUUUGGCUUCGGAAAGUUAUACCAAUGGAUCAAAAUUUACGGUCUUGAUACUUGUAAAGGUGAAAUGGUGGGACAAUCAUCUACGAUAGCGUCACCGUUCGAUAGCAAGAAAUCCAACAUCUUUACGCACGUACUUACAGGUGUAGCUGAAGGAAGACAACCCGUGGUGAAAGAAGCAGAUCAUGAGUUUAUACCGAAGUGCGGCCUUCAACCAAUCAUCGUAUGGCCCACGGUUCGGGAAAUUCUCAAAUCUAAAGCUACUUUUCUUUCCGGACAUGCAUUGCACUUCAAAGUGAACCGUAUUGGUAAAUACGCCGGUUACGCUGAACAAUAUCGAAACAUUCAACAGUUCCUACAUAAAUGGUCCUCUGGAAAAGACUCUGAAUUAUCCAAGGCCGGGCGUUCGCAUCUCUCUCCGCAUGUUAAAACAUACUGCGUUACUGAAGACCAUUUCAAGUCCUUGAAUUGGUUUCUUCUUAGUUCGGCCAACAUCUCUUCCCAAGCUUGGGGACGUCCGUUUAAGAAAUUGAAGCAUGAACCACCCAAUAUAUGCAAGUAUAGAGUUUCUUCGUACGAAGUUGGUAUUCUUAUCAACCCUAAGACGAUCGGUGGGGAUGAACAGCCAAAUCUUAAACUUGUUCCUGUUUUCGGAAAAGAUACAGUGCAAUCCACUGAGCCUGUGUGUCCAGUGAGACUACCCUAUGACGUUCCUUUACAAAAAUACUCAGCCAGCGAUGAACCAUGGACUACGGAGAAACUUGUAGAGAUCGAAAGUUCUCUCCCAUUACAUCAGGGUUAG